AAGCUGCAGUGCAGUCCAAUAGAGAGAGGACGAGAGAAAACACUGCAGACAGCCUGUGCUGUGCUAGCCUCAAACGCCAUUUUAAACAGAAAGGGGCUUUAAACCGGGAGAAAACAGGGACACUGCCGCUGGAGGAGACACGCUGCUAAUUUCGCCUGUGUUUUAAACCCUCGGGUCGCUCUGGAGAAGCACCAGUCGUGGCUCUUGGCGUUUAUAACACUAAAUAAAGUCGUGAGGAAAUCUGCGAGCCGCUGGUUAGCCUCUCGGUAGCUAGCGCGGGGGAGGGGCGGGGGUUUUGAGGAUUUUUUUCCCCCUCGCAGCCGAAGUUGUUUGUUUAUGUUAUUCCACACGGACAUGUCCUCUUCAAACCCAGAAUUGCCAGACCCAAAUCUGGGUAUGGGGGCAAGUGGGACCCAAGCAGGUGGCGGGGCUGUGGUGCCAAAAGGGACCAACAAGAGACGAGCUGCGCCAGACUUUGAUGAUGAUGAUGAUGAUGGAGGAAGCAAGUUGUUCAGGUGUGAUGAUGAAACAGGUGGCUCCAACAAUGACAAAGAGCGCUUUGCCAGGUUUUUGGAAGAAGAUCAGAGUUUUGCAGAUAAGGAAAAACUAGCCAGGGAGAACCACAGUGAGAUUGAGAGGCGGAGACGGAACAAGAUGACGGCCUACAUCACAGAAUUGUCAGACAUGGUGCCCACCUGCAGUGCUCUAGCACGGAAACCAGACAAACUAACCAUCCUACGAAUGGCUGUGUCCCAUAUGAAGUCUCUGAGAGGAAGUGGCAAUACCAAUGCAGAUGGGUCAUACAAACCUUCCUUCCUUACAGACCAGGAGCUGAAACACCUCAUCCUAGAGGCAGCCGACGGCUUCCUCUUCGUGGUGUCAUGUGAGACCGGCCGCAUUGUUUACGUCUCAGACUCCCUGACACCCGUCCUCAACCAGGCCCAGUCUGAAUGGCUCGGCUCCUCCCUUUAUGAUCAGCUCCACCCAGACGACACAGAAAAGCUCAGGGAGCAGCUUUCAACUGCAGAGAAUAACAACACAGGGAGGAUGCUGGACUUGAAGACAGGAACAGUGAAGAAGGAAAGCCAACAGUCGUCAGCCAGAAUGAGUAUGGGAGCCCGUCGAUCAUUCAUCUGCAGAAUGAGGUGUGGCACGUGUCCAGUGGAGCCGUUGUCAAUGAACAGACUGAACUUCCUUAGGAAUAGAAACAGGAAUGGUUUGGGUGCAGCCAAGGAAGGGGAGCCCCAGUAUGUAGUGGUCCACUGUACAGGAUAUAUCAAGUCCUGGCCCCCUGCAGGUGUGUCAUUAACAGAUGAUGAAGCAGACAACACCCAGGGGAGUCGCUACUGUUUAGUUGCCAUAGGAAGAUUACAGGUGACUUGUUGCCCAGGCGACACAGACAUCAACAGCAUCAGUGUUCCAGUGGAGUUCAUCUCACGCCAUAACUGCCAGGGCAUGUUCACCUUUGUAGACCACCGCUGCAUGGCCACUGUCGGCUACCAGCCACAGGAUUUACUGGGUAAGAAUAUUCUCGAGCUCGCCCACCCUGAAGACCAGGGCUUACUGAGAGAUAGCUUCCAACAGGUGGUGAAGCUGAAGGGCCAGGUUUUGUCGGUGAUGUUUCGGUUCCGCUCCAAAUCGAGAGAAUGGAUCUGGAUGAGAACCAGCUCCUUCACCUUCCAGAACCCGUUUUCAGAGGAGAUUGAGUAUAUCAUCUGUACCAAUGUCAAUGUCAAAAACUCAACUCAGGACCCCCUCACCCCCAUCUCUUCCCCAGGGGGUUUGCUGCCCCCUCCGCUGGGUCAGAGCAGCCCAAGCGGCCCUCCGGUAGUGCUCAGCCCAGGGCAGGUGGCCACCAGGCAGUUACAACAUCAGCAGCAGACCGAGCUGGAGGGAGGUGGAGCCAGAGACGGACUGUUUGAGGCAGGACCAAUCACCCUCUCACAGAUGCCAGUGCAGCCGGUUCAGCCAGUCACAGCUGCAGGGCCGGACCACAGCAAGACCCUGGAGAAGCCAGAGCUCUACUCCCCUCUUUUCCCAGGCCCAGAUCAGACCAAGGGCAUGCCCACCACGUCCACGCCCUCCACACAGAUUUAUCCCCCAGCCAACAACUUCACUGCUGGUCGAUCAAAUGAUGCUUACAGCAGGCAAGUCAAUAUGACUCCGCAGAUGGCACAACCAGCCCACUCAGCAGGACAGAUGCUGGCUCAGAUGUCUCGUCAGAAUGGAGCCCCACAGUCAGUUACCCCCUCCAGCACAAGCAGCCCCCUCCAUGGAGGACCAGCAGGAGGGUGGCCUGGAGCCGCAGCUGGCGUUAGACCACAAUUUAAUAACCAGCAGGUGGCUCCCCAGGCAGCUAAGACCAUGUCUCCACAGUUUGCUCCCAUGGGAGGAUUUGGAGGUGGCUCUUCCAACUCUUUUGGCCAGAUGCCCACAGGUGCUGCUCCCACCCCCACCAGCGGUGCAAACUACCCACAGAUUAAUGCCCGUGCCAGCCUCAACACCAAUGGUUAUGAUGGCUCUCAGUCUGGGGCACAGUUUCCGUCUCGAGCAGCGGAGGCAGUGUGGCCCCAGUGGCAAGGCCAGCAGCACUCACAGAGCAAUGCAGAGCAGCAUCCUCAUGCUCAGGGCAACCAGCAAGACAUGUUUCCUGAUGUGUUGUCUAUGCUGGACCAGCCUGCCAACUUCAACAGCGAUGACUUUGAGAUUCCUAUGUAUCCCCCGUUUAACGAGUGACCUGGUCCACCCUUUUGUCUUCCUGACAGUUUUUGCCCUGACUUUCUUAUAUUUCACUCUUCUGCUCCUGUUUUCUUCCUGCUCCUGAGAGUAGCACUCUUCCCUUGCUUUGCAUGGCUUAAACUGCACUGCCAAAGCCAGUUAAAGAUGGAGGGAUAUAUCUGACUGCAGAUGUAUAGGAGAGGAAAAUCAAGGAUUUGCUACUGACUUAAAGAUGAUUAUUUUAACAAUAUUCCAGCCAUUGUAAGAGAAAUCUCUAGCUAGCACUGCCCGAAGCUCAACAACCUAAGUUGUAGAUAUGUUAUAUAAAUAUAUAUAUAAAUAUAUAAAAGCGCACAAUCACACAACCACACUUGAAUAGUCUGCACAAAAAACACUCUUACGUUCUGGUAAAGAUACACAGGAAGUAAACACACAUACAAACAAAGGCCUUUUAUUCUAAUAUAUUCCUGGUUUUUCUCAGGCAUUGAUGAAGAGUGUAUUUUGCUGCUUUACCCUUUAGCAUGUAGUGUAAUCACUCCAAUUGUUGAUUUAAACUCUCAGGAAAUUGCAGGGAUAUACAGCUUUGGUGAUAUGUUUUGUCUGUGCUAAUCUCACUCACAGUUUUAAAUCCACAGCAUGCCUCUGCAUGUCAGCACUGCUUUCAUGGAGCGCUUCUACAAUGUGUAGAUUUAUACUGAGUACAGUUUUCUAUGUAUAUUGGUGGCUUCACCUAUAAAUUUUAAUUAUUUUGUUUUUCCUCUUAAGGAACAUUAAAGGUUUUUUUUUUCGUCAUGGAAUGAUGUACUUUAACAACACAGACACACUGUGUUACAGUGGCUACAUACUGUUUGUCUACGUGCCCAUUGGAAAUGUAUACAAUCUAUUUUUCUUUGCCUACAUAUACAUAAAUACAGUAUGCAUGUGUGUGUGUAUGUUAAAUGGAUGCGUACAGUAUCAUUAUCAACUUUAACACAGUUUAGGUUUCUGACUUGCUUCAUUUACUUCUUUCUGUCAUCCUGCAUUACCCUGUACCAAGUAUGGGCUUUUUGUACUCCUUUUGUAAAGAAAAGAAAUCACACAGCAAUAAUUAACAAGCAGGAAUUGUGUAUUUUUAAAGCCAUUCUUUAUUGUUGUUAUAAAUGUUUUCCUUGAUUAAUGUUAUUUUGAAAUGGAGAGAUGUGGUAGUAAUGUUUGAUUUAAUUCCCUAGUACUUAAUUGUUAUUUCAAAUUUUUUAAUGAUCAGAUGAGUCCUCCGUUGCCCUUUUCUGAUUGGUAUCUUAUUAAUGGUUUAAUCAGGGUAUCCAGGAUUAAAAUGGAAUAAACAGAGCUAAUAGCAAGAUGAUCACGUGAGAAUGUCCAAAAAUGUUUUGUCCUCUUGUUUGUGGCAAACAUUUGGACUAGGACUGAAUCUUUGCCAAGAAGAUCCAACCACCUGUGUUGUACAAUCAGUUUUUGAUAAGUUUGUAUCUUACAAGAAUGCUGUGGGAUGAAAUAUAAUGCCUCUUAAAAUAUUUAAGUUUUUAAUGUGUGGUAUUAGUUUAAAUUUGAACCCUUGUUUAAUUAUUACAGUUUUACAUUGUUUGUGUGUAACGCUUGCACACUCACAAUGACAAAUUAUAUAACUGUAUGUAAACCCAUGUGAUAAUUGUCCAGUUUUCAUCUUCUAAAGGAUGUUGGUGACUGUUGUCUUUGUUAUUGUUGAAAAUCUUUUUGGUCGCUCUGUAUCCAGCAUUUUUUUCUUCAAUGAUGUGAACGUUUAUCACUCAUAGAAACACAAAUAUAUAAAUAUACUGUAUAUGUAUAUGAAAUGUUAAAUGAGAGAAUGUUUGGUUUUUGUAUUAAAUUGUUAUAUUGUCAAAAA